UUUUUUUUUUUUUUAUCAGUCUUCGCUCAAAUGAACACCAAUCAUAGGUAGAAAUAAUGAAAAAGACCACAAAUGCUUCAAGUGAAGAGACAUGUUGCAUAACAGUGGAGAGUAGUAAAAAAAUAAGAGAAAAAUAAGAUACAGAUAGUUGAGUCGGCGAAGCAGCGAAUGUCGUCUGUUGUGAAGUGAGCGCCACCACCAACAGCACCGCUGCGACGCUACACUCACAAAUACCUCCGUCUGACCCACUGACAUAUCCCCACCGGCUCAGUUUCUUGUAGUUUUCAUGAGAACACACCUAUUAAGAGUGAACCGGCUGAUGAAAGUGAACGUAAAACUCAAAAUAAUGGGAGCGGAAGCAGCCGGCGACGUGUAAGGUCAUCCUCGUGGGUUACCAGAAGGAUGCUGGGCCGAGGUCACCUGUGGCGGGGGCAGAGGGUGUGCUGGAGUGGGCUGAGGGGCCUGGGACGGUAUCCUACUGGAGUGAGGACUGGGCCCGUCAGACACAAGCACUGGCCCUCUGACUCCCCAUGGAGGCCCACCCUGCCCAGGCAACCACUUAAAAAAGGGCUGAGUGGGUUGAGGCAGUGGAGCCUGAUGGUGCUGCUGCUAGGGCGGGAGGCAAGAGGGGAGGUGCUGGAGCAGGCCAGGGAGAUUGCCCGCUACCUGCUGUGCACAGUUGCCCGCCAGUCAGAGGUGCACACAUCCCAGAAGCUGAGGCGCACACUCCAGCUCUAUUCAGCAUACUCUCGACUCUGGGGCGAGGAGGCUGCUCGCAGCAUGCUGGCUAGCCUCCGCCGGACACUGGCUUCUAAGGGCCGCCAUCUCCUCCUCUCUGCUGUGUGCUUCUCUAACUUCAACUGGGAGCAGGAGAAGAUAUCCGAUGAACGCCUGCGGGAGUCAGCCAAACAUCUUGAGAGUGUGAGUGACCUUUGCCGAGCUACCGUUGAGUGUGACGCAUGUGGAAAGAGACAAGUCAUUGAUCAGAAGAUGUUGGACGUGGAUUACUGCAUGUGUGAUGGCAGCCUGGGGUACACGAGCGACACACGGGAGUAUGAGUCAUGGCAUCCCUUCAUCGAGAGGGAGCACCAUAUUGUGUGGCGGCAGAAGCACCCCAAGCACAGCCACCUCUUUGCCUAUAAGGUGUAUGGGAGUUAUGAUGAUGUGAGCCUGAGUUCCUUCAUGGAGACACAACUCAACAGCAACUACAGGACUGAGUGGGAUGACACAGCUCUCCAGCUGAAGGUUUUGAGCUCCCACGAAGAGUCCAACUCAGAUCUGGUGUACUGGCUAGUGAAGUUCCCUCACUUCUUUGCCAAUCGAGAUUAUGUGUUCAAGAGGCGUUUCAUUGUGAACAGUGAGAAGAGGGAAGUUGUGAUCAUGAGUGAGGCCGUGUGUCCAGAAGUGAUGCCGGAGGAGAAGGGGAUCCAUCGUGUGAAUGAGUAUUGGUCCACCAUGGUGAUCCGAGCACUGGGAGACAUGGACCAGCCUGGUAUAGAGUACACACUCACCUACUUUGAUAACCCUGGGACAAGCCUGCCUCAAAGCAUCACCAACUUCAUUGCAGUCACAGGGUUUCCAAAUUUCCUCAAAAAGCUACACAUGGCAGCCCUGCAGCUUCAGUCCUUCCAUGAGAAAGGUGAGGAUGUGUAUGUCAGUCUGCCAUCAAUGCUGCGCUUCCCUGAACACUGGAGGAAGGAGUUUAAGGAACUGCCUGAACCUGAGGUGUUGAGUAGAGAAGAGUUGGGAGUAAUACCCAAACCCAGUGAAGCAGUAGCAGUAGAGGAUGACAGUCUUAAGGCUUUGACUGAAGAGGAUGUACCAGGUGAAAGUCAAGAGAAAAUAUCAGAAGUUGUCUCCUUACCUGUUACAUCUGUAGUUGUGGAAGACACAAGCACUGAAGCUGAAACACUUGAUGAAAAAAUAUGCAUGCAGGAAGAGCUGAGCAUUACAAGUGCACCUCAUGAAAUAGAUAUACACAUUGAAGAUUCCUCAGUCAGUGAUGAGAAAACCAUCAGCUCAUUGUCUCCAGAUGCACCUAAAAAGAUCACAUCUGACAAGUCCCUUCAUGUAGACAUUGGUGGCAGGAAAGUAUCAAUAGAUUUACUAGAAGCCAUGGAGGUGGUGGCUCCUGAUUUGGAGAAGAAAUCUCUUCUGCUCAAAAAAAUUGAAGAACUGAAUGAAAGGUUGUUAAAAGGUAAUGGAGGACAAAAUGUACUCUUGCAGAAGCUACAGAAGCUAAGACACAAACUGAAGUCAUUCCACCAGGAAGCAUCAAUGAGAAGGGAGCAGUCAAUGAAACAAAUGGAGCAACUUUCCAACCGUGACCACUACCAUCACAUGAACAUUGAUGACAAAACCCUCACUCACCUUGAGAUGCUCUUUGAGGCCAUGCGGUAUGUCCUGCAGGCUGAUAAGGACAUGCGAACUGGGAAAACCUUAUUGGAAAGAAGCCCUGCAGUUCAUCACAAGGCAGAAAUAGAAGAGGACAGUCCAAAAGGAUCACAGCCAGCAGAUUUGCCAGGAUUGUCCUCAUCUCAUGCAGGAGAAGGUGCAGAUGAUCAGCCACUAGAGAGAGAUGAACCGGUGAAUGCAGCAAAGUCGAAGACAACUAAAAAGAUGAAAAAAAAAAAGAGAACACAUAAGAAAAGUCCACCACCUGAGGAUCCCCCUCCACCAGACUCAUCAGGAGGGGAGUGGCAUGAAGGGGAGACGAGGGAUAAUGCAGAUGGCAUGAAUAGUGGUGCAGGUAACUUUGCAAAUGAGUUAGGGAACAUUGGAAAGAGUGUACAUAAUGUUAAUUGUAAGGAGGAGGAGGAGAGCAGGUCAUGGUUUUCAGGUGUGAGUGUUCCAUACAUAUCUGCGUGGUGGGAGGCUGGACCCAAGCAGGAGAAUGGUUCCUCAACCCACCAGCCUGAUGUCAUGAAACCAGAGCACAAUGCAGCCUCUGAUCUUGAUGCUCAAACAAACACACUACUUUCACAGAUCUUUUAUAUGUUCACCCUUAAAUGGAUUUUUUACUCUGAGAAUGAUGAGGCUGCUUCACUCAGAGAGCAGAAGAAUGUGAAGAGUGUGCGUAGCCAGGAGGGGAGUGAGAGUGGUGAAGAAAAUGAGCGGUCCAGUGAGGCACAUUGGUACUGGUAUCCUGUUAAUGGUGCUUAUCGGGUGUAUGCCUGGGUGUUCAGUGCCUCCAGAGUGAGUGCUUGAGUGGUGUGGUGCAGUGCUCCUCCCUGUAGGUGACUUGCUUUAAUAGGAUGCUUUUUCAGCUAGUAUGAGUACGCUUCUCUCAAUGCAUAAUUUCUUAAAGCAACCACAUC